UGCUCAUUCCUUCAGACAUGUUCCAGUUUUUGAAUACACAAUUCAUGACAUUGUAUGUGGAACGAGUGGUGCAAAAAUACAAGCAACUGGCAAGCUAAACCUGUCGUUUGUGGGUUUGCUGAGGGUUUUUCUUGAGCGCCCCGGUUAGAGAUCGACAACGCGAACAUGGCCGCUGUCCUGGGGAGAGUACACUGUUACCGGGGGCUCUGCGCCCCGCUGCACCACCAGAAAUGGAUAUGGACCAAGGGGGCCUUGCGAUACGCAUCAGUUGGGAGCAGCAGAAUCGAGAAAGUGCUCAUCGCCAACCGAGGGGAGAUCGCCUGUCGUGUGAUGCGGACGGCAAAGAAGAUGGGCGUGAAGUCCGUGGCGGUGUACAGCGAGGCAGAUCGCAGCGCCAUGCACGUAGCCAUGGCAGAUGAAGCAUUUCACAUUGGUCCAGCAGCAUCCCAGCAGAGUUACUUGUGCAUGGAGAAGGUCAUGGGGGCUGCAAAGGGGUCUGGCGCACAGGCAAUCCAUCCAGGAUAUGGGUUCCUGUCAGAAAACACCGAAUUUGCAGAGCUUUGUAAAAGGGAAGGUAUCAUCUUCAUCGGUCCUCCGUCUUCUGCUAUAAGAGACAUGGGCAUCAAGAGUACAUCCAAACACAUCAUGUCCGCUGCAGGAGUGCCCAUUAUUGAAGGUUACCAUGGCGAGGACCAAUCGGAUGAGAAGCUGCGAGCAGAAGCGGCAAGAAUAGGCUAUCCUGUGAUGAUCAAAGCCGUCCGUGGCGGGGGUGGAAAGGGCAUGCGAAUCGCACACUCUGAGGCUGAGUUCCAGGACCAGUUGGAGUCUGCUCGGAGGGAGGCUCGCAAAUCCUUCAACGAUGACGUCAUGCUGGUGGAGAAAUUUGUAGAGAAUCCCAGACAUGUGGAGGUCCAGGUGUUCGGAGAUCAGCACGGGAACGCCGUUUACCUCUUCGAGAGAGACUGCAGCGUCCAGAGGAGACAUCAGAAGAUUAUAGAAGAAGCACCGGGGCCGGGAAUUAGCCCCGAGGUGCGGAAGAAGCUGGGUGAGGCUGCAGUGCGGGCAGCAAAGGCAGUAAACUAUGUGGGAGCAGGCACCGUGGAGUUCAUUAUGGAUGCUCAACACAACUUCUACUUCAUGGAGAUGAAUACCAGGCUGCAGGUGGAGCACCCUGUUUCGGAGAUGAUCACCGGCACCGAUCUUGUGGAAUGGCAGCUGAGGGUGGCUGCUGGGGAGAAGCUGCCUCUCGCUCAGGAGGAAAUUAAACUGAGGGGUCACUCUUUCGAGGCACGCAUCUAUGCUGAAGACCCCAACAAUGGCUUCCUCCCUGGGGCAGGGCCGCUACUGCACCUGUCCACGCCACAGUCCGAUGAGCACACGCGCAUCGAGACCGGCGUUAGGCAAGGAGAUGAAGUGUCUGUGCAUUACGACCCCAUGAUUGCCAAGCUGGUGGUGUGGGGGGAGGACCGCGCUGCUGCCCUGAAGAAGCUGCGCUAUUGCCUGCGCCAGUACAACAUUGUGGGUCUGAGCACUAACAUCGACUUCCUGCUCCAUCUGUCGAGCCACCCGGAGUUCAAGGCGGGAAACGUGCACACAAGCUUCAUCGCACAGCACCACGCGCAGCUCUUCCCCGCCCCGCAGGCGCCCUCCCACCAGGUGGUGUGCCAGGCGGCGCUGGGGCUACUGCUGCGCGAGCAGGCACACACGCAGCACUUCAGUGCUCAGUCCCACGACAAGUAUUCACCUUUCGCCUCCUGCACUGGGAGGAGAGUGAACAUUUUGCACAAGAGAAACAUGACAUUGCAGCUGGGUGACAGCAAAGUGGAAGUGACUGUUACAUAUAAUCCUGAUGGGAAAUACACUAUGGAGAUUGACGACGAGUCCUUCCAGGUUUGGGGCGAAGUACAGACAGAGGGCGAAGUCUCGUUCCUACAUUGCUGCAUUAACGGGGUGCUGUCUCGGCCCAAGUUGGUCAUCCUCGACAAUACCGUGCAUCUCUUCUCAAUGGAGGGCAGCGCUGAGGUGACGGUGCCAGUGCCCAAGUAUUUGGCCGGUGUGACGGGAGCAGCAGCACAGGGUGGGGCAGUUGCCCCCAUGACAGGGACCAUUGAGAAGGUCUUGGUCAAGGCAGGAGAUAAAGUCCAGGCUGGAGAUGCUCUGGUGGUGAUGAUCGCUAUGAAAAUGGAGCACACGAUCCGAGCACCGAAAGCAGGAGUCAUCAAGAAGGUGUUAUUCAAAGAGGGAGCUCAAGCCAACAGACACGCACCACUAGUGGAACUGGAGGAAGAAGAGGAGGCUUAAGUGCAAUAACAUGUCACAUUUUGUUUAGAGGUAGCAUAGUGCACACAGCUGUACAACUAACACACAGGUGCAAGUUACAGUAAUGAAAUUAGAUGUGUGUGUGCACAGUGAGGACACCACAGUGCAACUUGGACCAAAAGUUGCCUUUCAGAAUGUGGCCUUCUAGCACAACCGCUUUGUAUGAGUUCUAAAUUCAUCCUGUCUAAUUUUCUUAUAAAGUCUGGGCAAAGUGCAGUUGUGGUCUUUAUUUAAAAGAAAGAUUUAAAAAAGCCCACUCAUUUCCAUUUUCACUUGUAGCCUGUUUCCAUGGUAACCCAUUUGGUUGUCUAAUGAUGGUCUUGGGAAACAUCCCACCACUUCCUUGUGGGAAUAUAUCAGUAGUUGGUUUCUUCUUGAAGUACCAAUCAGUAACAGUCUUUAGAGAUGUCACUUUUGCCUCCUCCUAUUAAAGAAUUAUUUAAUAAAGACCUUUUCCUGGAUGAAAAGUUGGCCUUCCCAGAAUGCACUCAAAUAUCAUGAACUCACUGAGAAUAAUAAAUUGCUCACUUGACCGUUCUAGCAUUUUAGUUAGAUUAAAAUAAAUUGGGUAAAGGGAAAUAGUGAUGUAAAUUAAGGGUAAUCCAAGGAUUUACAGGACAAAAACUGGAUUACUGUAUGCUU